AUGCCAAUACUGUGUGCGGUGUUGUACAUCAGUGUCACCGCAUCACCGCGUUAUCCAGAUGAGAGCCCUUUUGCUCGAAGCGCUAUUGAAACAAUACCAGAACAUGAUCCCAUCGCACCCCCUAUUCGAUCUUCAGUGGAAAGCAUACCGCUCAGGAACAUUAACGAAGAAGGACAAGGAAGACUGCCUUUGAGAGAUGCCGUAGAAAAACGUCCUAUACCUGUAGCCGACCGUGACUCUUUGUACAAAUACCUUGAGGAUGCUAAAAGAACCGGAGUGGAUGUGGAAGGAAUUGAAGAAUAUAAAAAAUACUACGGAGCUGCUAGUUACUUGAACAAUGGUUCACGAACUGAUGAAAAAUUAGAGCAAGGAAACGCUAAUCUUCAAGAAAUGCAGCAAACAAUGAACGACCCGAACUCGCGUCACCUCGUAGUGUGCUAUAUAGAGUCGUGGGCCGCUUACCGCGCGCCUCCGCUGGCCUUUACCGCGGGGCUGGUGCCGCGCUCCUGCACGCACUUGCAUUACGCUUUCGCGGUCUUGCAUCCACACACAUACGAAGUUAUAUCGGCUAAUGAGGACUAUGAUAUCAUUAAGGGUGGUUAUCGCAUCGCCACGGGCCUAAAGCGUCGUAUAUCAGGUCUGCGAGUUAUCAUAAGUGUCGGAGGCGAGGGUAUGGAGCGGUUAUUUAGUGAAAUGGUACAGGAACCCUACCGACGUAACUCAUUCAUCGACAGCGCGGUCACCUUCCUACAAGAACAUGAUUUUGAUGGUCUCGACCUUCAUUGGGUAUACGCAGGAGACAAGGACGAAAAGGAAAAAGAGUUAUUAACUACACUCUUAUAUGAGCUUCGCGAAAAAUUCUCUUCGUAUGGUUAUCUUUUAUCGACUGUUCUUCCUCCGUACAGGUACCAAAUAGAAGAUGGCUACGAUCUAAGUGCUGUCAGUGGAGCUACGGAUUACACCAUUCUACAGGCUUGGGAUAUGACGCACUCGAAGCGCGAAGACCCUCCAUCCAAAGCACUACAGCACAGCCCCCUUCAUAGAGACCCGGGUGCCCCUGCAAGAGAUCAGCGAUUCGAUAACAUAGAGUUUAUGGUGAAAUACAUCAUUCGCCACGGCAUGGCUGCUGAUAAGUUGGUACUUGGUAUUCCGUUAUUCGGACGCAGUUACACGCUAGCUGCUUCGACUUUGCCUUCUCCUGGUGCUGCUAUUGACGGCUGGGGUGAUGAAGGAACAUAUACACAAACUAAAGGGAUGCAAGCAUACUUUGAGAUAUGUAUGAAUGAACGUGAAGGUAAAGGAGUGAGUGGCGUAGACGCUGCUGGCAAUGCAUUUGCUGUCUUCGAUAAUCAAUGGAUAAGCUAUGAUACGCCCAACACUGUUUUAGAAAAGAUGAAGUUUAUCACAAGUUCUGGAUUAGCCGGCGCGGCUGCCUGGGCAAUUGAUAUGGAUGACUUCCGUGGCUUGUGUGGAUCGCCUUUCCCAAUCUUAAGUGCUAUAUCUACAAGUUUGAAUGGUGAAGCGACUUUCACUGAUCAGUCCUCUCUUAAAAUUGGAUCAUGUGAAACUACUAACCCUUACUUGGCCUCCGACGAAGAAUCGUGCGCUCACUUCCAUUUCUGUACGGGCGGGAUCAGUUACAGAAUGAUUUGUGAAGAUGAAAGGCUUUACGAUCCCUCAACUGGUUUUUGUGGUCAUCAAGAUGUCGGCAAAUGUAUUCCCGGACAAAGUCUUAGAAUUAGUGUCGAAGAGGCUACUCGUUUCUUGGCUCAAGCAUAUGAAACUGAUUUUGAGUGGAAUAGUGGAACUCACAAGGACACUCAAAAUAUGGAAUCUGAUCGUUUACUUACUACAUAUCAAGCAGAAAAUAGAAAAGUUUCAGGAAAUGAUAAUGAAAAGCGCGUAGUAUGCUACAUGACUAGCUGGGCUUUCUAUAGAAGAGGCGAUGGCAAAUUUGUCCCAGAACACAUCGACACUAGACUGUGUACUCAUAUUGUCUAUGCGUAUGCCUCUUUGUCACAUGACGAACUUAUUGCUAAGGAGUUCGAUCCUUGGGCUGACAUCACAAAUAAUCUCUAUGAACGUGUUACUUCUCUGGGUGAUGCUAAAGUCUUACUGGGUUUGGGUGGGUGGACUGAUUCUGCUGGGGACAAAUACUCGCGUUUGGUAUCAUCGCGUACCGCACGUGCAAGAUUUACGGAGAGAAUUGUUACUUUCCUACGAAUGCAUAACUUUAAGGGUCUACACUUAGACUGGAACUACCCGGUCUGCUGGCAAAGUAAUUGCAAGAAAGGUGCCAAGUCGGAUAAGGCGAACUUUGCAAAAUUAGUUCAAGAAUUAUCGAAAAGUUUGCACGCUGCUAAUAUGGAAUUGGGUGUCGCACUCUCCGGAUACAAAGAAGUUAUUGAAUCGGCUUAUGAUUUACCAGCCAUAUCUGCUGCCGCUGACUUCAUGAGUACAAUGACAUAUGACUAUCAUGGUGGAUGGGAACGAAACACAGCUCAUCACACUCCAUUAGUCCCGAUAAAAAACGACGGUCUAUCUUAUUAUUCUGUUGAAUAUGCAGUAAAAGCUUUGAUAAGUAGGGGAGCAGAUCCUAAGAAGCUAUUACUUGGGCUCGCGUUCUAUGGUCAGUCAUACAGACUCGCCGAUAUGGAAGGCUCAAGCGGACCAGGAUCACCAGCCGCAGGUCCCGGAGAACCUGGAGAAUUCACAAAACAACCCGGAAUGCUGGCUUACUAUGAAAUUUGCUACAGAGUGAAAAAUUUGCGUUGGAAGACAGGCCGACAAGAGAAAGCAGGCCCUUACACUUAUUCAGACAAUCAGUGGGUCGGAUACGAUGAUCCAAAAUCCAUAACAGAGAAGGUUGAAUGGGCAAAAAAGCAAGGAUUAGGCGGUGUGACAGCAUGGGCUAUAGAUUUGGACGACUUUAACAAUCGUUGCUGCAACGAGCCAUCGCCACUAUUGCGUGCUGCAGGUCGUGCUUUGGGACGUUUGGUUCCUCCUCCUCCAACAUCUGCUUGUGAAAGGCCACCACAACCAGUCACACCAGCACCACCAACAACAACACCUGCUGAAUCGGACGGAUCAAUUGUAGGUGGUGGUGACCACGGCAGUCAUGUUAAUCAUGACCAUCAUACUUCCACCACCUGGCCUGGGUGGAACCCCUCGACUACAACCCAGAGCACAAUGCAAACCUGGUGGUCCCAGCCUACAACAACUCCUAUGACUACAACGCCUACGACUACGAAAAAACCUACUACAACUACUCGACGAACAACUACUAGCACAACUACAACUGAAUCGGCUCAAAUGGAUUCUGGUAUAGAGGUUGAAGGCUCACUUUGUGAAGUGGGUGAAUACCGAAAUGCACCGGGAGACUGCGAAGCCUACCUGCAGUGCGAGGCUGGACAUUGGCGCAAGCAUCGCUGUGCGCCCGGACUGCACUGGUCCAUCAAGACUAAUAGGUGUGACUGGCCCAGCUUUGCUAAGUGCACAGCAACAUCGAUUAGUGAAGCGAGCACAGCAAUUACUACAUUGGCUCCUAUGACUUCACGACCACCACCGAGACCAACUACCACUAAACGAUCUACUACUGCAUCCACUACUACGACAACGACAUCUACAACUGGUAGACCAACUUCAGUGGUUAUUCACGACGGCGUGUCAGAAGGUCGCCCAUGUAAAGGCCAAGAGUACCACGAGGUUGUCAGUGACUGCAACUCGUACUUGCACUGUGACGGCUCCGUGUGGCGCCUGCAACACUGCGCGCCUGGCCUGCACUGGAGUACUGUACAGAAGCACUGCGACUGGCCCAAAUACGCUAAAUGCGCAGGUUCAACUCCCAAAACAACUACGGCGGCUCCGAAACCGACGCGGCCAGCAACUAAACCAACAAGGCCACCAACCACAGCAUCAGCGGCAUCAGUGGACCGACCAUCUGAAGACGGCCAAUGUGGUCUUAAUGAAAUGCACGCGCCAGCGUCAACUUGUGAUUCAUACUUGCUGUGCGUUGGAGGUCGUUGGCGAAAACAGCUGUGCCCGCCCGGCCUCCACUGGGACAAGCGCACAAAUCGGUGUGACUGGGUCGAAUUUGCUAUGUGUGAAACAAGACAACCAGACAGAACUACUAAGCCACCCUUCCAGAGUAUAUUUACAACAACAUCCCGAAGACCACCAACCAGAAGAACGACUACAACAACAGCGAGACCUAUUACUACUGUGACCCAAACCGGCCAAUAUCAGACACCAACGCGAUGCUCCACUGGCACAUACCACGCGCAUCCUCGCUGCGAGAAGUUCUACGUGUGCGUGAACGGCGUGCUCGUAGCACAGAGUUGCGCGCCCGGCCUCGUCUGGAAUACAAAGCAUUCUCAAUGCGACUUCCCGUCGAGAAACUCUUGCACUGACAGGCGACAGAUCACGUCCUCUCCUACAGAGACGAAACCUAACGCUAUGCUGCAGAUGCCUGAGGAAAAACCAACCUUCUGUGAAAGCGGCCAAUACGCCGCCGAUCCUUUAGAUUGUGCUCGAUACUUACACUGUUUAUUUGGUAAAUUCGAAGAGUUUUCAUGUAGCGCCGGCUUGCACUGGAAUCAGGAGAAACAAAUCUGCGACUGGCCUAGUAAUGCUCCCUGUAAAGUUCAGAAGCUAACAACAACAACAACGACUACAACUACAACGACAACAGAACCUACUUUAAUAGAUUCUGAGCCUGAAGGUCCCGUACAGUCCAAACCGAUUGUUGCUGAUGUUGAUUUAGUGGAACCUGGAACUAAACCAGAGCUAUUAAACACACGCUACAAACUCGUCUGUUACUAUACAAAUUGGUCAUGGUAUCGACCUGGCCUCGGAAAAUUCAACCCAGAAGACAUGGACCCUUCAAUUUGUACUCACAUUGUCUACGGAUUUGCCGUUUUAGGAGAACAAGAUGGCCUAAUAACGGUUCAUGAUCCCUGGUCUGACACAGAAAAUCGGUUCUACGAGCGUGUGGUAGACUAUAAAAAGUAUGGCGCUAAAGUGUCAUUAGCGAUCGGUGGGUGGAAAGACUCUGUCGGUGAUAAAUACUCCAAGUUAGUGAAUGAUCCUCAAGCACGCGCAAGAUUUGUUACUCAUACUGUACAAUUCAUAGAAAAAUACGGAUUUGAUGGACUGGAUUUGGACUGGGAGUAUCCGAAGUGCUGGCAGGUGGAUUGUUCUAAAGGUCCUGAUUCUGAUAAAUAUGGAUUUGCCGAUUUGGUUCGAGAAUUGUCUGCUGUUUUUAGACCGAAGGGUCUUCUAUUAUCUUCUGCUGUAUCUCCAAGCAAGAUGGUCAUAGAUGCUGGUUACGAUGUACCAACCUUGGCGCAUUAUUUAGAUUGGAUCGCAGUGAUGACUUAUGAUUAUCAUGGUCAGUGGGACAAGAAGACUGGCCACCUUGCUCCACUUUACUAUCACCCAGAAGACGAUAACACUUAUUUUAAUGCUAAUUACACAAUGCAUUAUUGGAUGGAAAAAGGUGCACCCGCAUCUAAGCUCGUUAUGGGUAUACCGCUGUAUGGUCAAAGUUUCACAACAUAUUCACAUUGGGAUAAUCGUGUUUCCGAAGGACUCAACAAACCAGCUAUAGCAGGUGGCGAAGCGGGUGAAUACACAAGAGCAAAUGGAUUCCUGGCCUAUUACGAGAUAUGUGAACGUAUUAAAAAUCGCAAUUGGGUAGUAGUUAAGGACAAAUAUAACCGUAUGGGUCCCUACGCUUAUAAAGGUGACCAAUGGGUAUCGUUUGAUGAUGUCGAUAUAAUUAAAAGUAAAGUUAACUUUAUAAAAUCCCUUGGUUUGGGUGGCGGUAUGGUUUGGGCAAUUGAUCUCGACGACUUCAAAAACAGGUGUAAUCAAGGCAAAUAUCCACUUUUGAAUGCAAUCAAAAAUUCUCUACUGGAUUCAAAAGUAGACUUAGAGUCAGUACCGGUGAAACCCGUCGCUGAACCGCAAAAUUCUUUAGAUGAUGAUUUGGAAGAUAUAGAAGUAAAGCCUGUAUAUAAUAAGCCUACUACUUCACGACCAAUAACAACAAAGAAACCCACGACAGUUGCCGUAGUUAACGAUGAAGUAGAAGAAGAAUACAAAAUUGUCUGUUACUAUACAAAUUGGGCUUGGUACAGGCCGACUGCUGGCAAAUAUACUCCCAGUAAUAUCGAUCCAUCACUUUGCACACAUAUAGUAUACGCAUUUGCUGUACUAGACAGUACAAAAUUGGUCAUGAAACCACAUGACAAUUGGCUGGAUGUUGAAAACAAAUUUUAUGAAAAGGUUGUAGCCUUAAAAAGCCAUGGUGUAAGAGUGGUCUUAGGCUUGGGAGGAUGGAACGACUCAGCAGGCGACAAGUACUCUCGAUUAGUUAAUAAUCCUUCGGCAAGAAGGAAGUUUAUUUUACAAGCCAUUGAUUUUAUUCAACACCACGGAUUUGAUGGUUUAGAUCUUGACUGGGAAUAUCCUAAAUGUUGGCAGGUUGAGUGUGAAAAAGGACCAAGUUCCGAUAAACAAGGCUUUGCCGCUUUGGUCAAAGAAUUGCGUGCUGCGUUCGAACCUCGAGGGCUUCUUCUGUCUACUGCUGUCUCUGCAAGCAUAAGAGUCAUUGACUUAGCAUAUGACAUCCCUGUGUUGGCUGAGAAUUUAGACUGGAUUUCAUUAAUGACGUAUGAUUUCCAUGGACAAUGGGAUGGGAAAACUGGUCAUAUUGCACCUAUGUACGCUCACGAAGCUGAUGACGAUAAAACAUUUAAUACGAACUUUACUGUAAAUUAUUGGAUAAACAAAGGAACGCCGCGUAAUAAGCUUGUGAUGGGUAUUCCUUUCUAUGGUCAGUCUUUUUCAUUAGUCGAAAACUCAGGUAAUGGCUUAGGAGCACCCACGUACGCUGGUGGUGAAGCAGGAGAUGAGACAAGAGCACGUGGGUUCCUGUCAUUCUAUGAGAUAUGCGAACGAGUGAGAGUACAGGGCUGGCAGGUUGUCCGCGACCCUGGCGGUAGAAUGGGACCGUAUGCGACGCUGAGCGAUCAAUGGGUUUCUUUCGAUGAUGAUUUCAUGGUACGCCACAAGGCGGAAUACGUACGUUCCAUGGGACUUGGUGGUAACAUGGCAUGGGCACUAGACCUUGAUGACUUUACUGGAAGUUAUUGCGGCUGCGGACAAUCACCGCUGUUGGCCAACAUCAACCAUGUGCUACGGGGAAGGGAGGCUCCACCGCGUUGCGCUUUUGAAGAGAUUCAAAGUCCACCUACAGCCGUUGCCACAACGCCAGCUGAACCUAUCGCACCCCCAACUGAUUCUCUUUCAGACACAGAAAUUGUCAAUGAUGGAUCAUCGCUUGAGGGUAAAACUUGUUCUGGUGUCGUGUUUAAAGAUGACGAAACGGAUUGUGCCAAAUAUUAUCUGUGCAUAAACGAACAAUACAUACAGCUUACUUGCCCUACGCCACUUGUGUGGAAUCAGAAUCAUUGUGAUUUCCCGAAUAAAUCAAAAUGCAAAAGUAAAAACAGCUUGAAAAUUAAAGACGCUACCAAUGAAGUAGAUUAUGAAUUCAAGCCUAUCGUCGCGUGCUACUUUACUGAUUGGGCUUAUUAUAGGCAAGGCAACGGCAGUUUUGGGCCCGAACAAAUUGAUCCAUCACUUUGCUCACAUAUUAUUUACUCUUGGGCGCAUCUUGACGGUGACAGUAACACAGUAGUUUCCGGCAAUCCAGAACUGGACAUUAGUUACGACUUCUAUGGAAAAAUCACGGAGUUAAAAUUAAAGGGUGUAAAAGCAAUUCUUGGAGUUGGCGGAAUUGAAAACUCGAUAGAUGAGAAAUGGAGCCAAAUGGCUGCAAGCCAAAAUAAAAGGAAAAUAUUUGGAAGUUCAUUAUUAAGGUUUAUUCAAAAAUGGAGUUUCGACGGAGUUCAGAUAGCUUGGCAAUAUCCUGUUUGUAAGGAGGCUCCAUGUUCCGGAAAAAACACUUCUGAAAAAGACAAUUUCAGUAUUCUUCUCAUAGAGCUGUCAAAGAUAUUACGCCCACAUAAUUUGGAGUUCUCUGCAAUAGUGGCUCCGAACCCUGAAAUCGCAGCAGUGGCCUAUGAUCCCUCCGUGUUGACAGCCACACUUGACUGGAUAGCGAUAGCAGCCAAUGAUUAUUACGAAACAGACUCCAAGAGGACUGCUUAUCUUCUACCAUUAAUAAGCAAUGAACCUCAUAAAUUAGAUAGCUUAGCUGCGAUUAUAGGUUUCUGGUCAAGUAUAGUCCCAGUUAAUCAACUGGUGAUGGGGGUUCCUGCGUACGGUCGCUCUUACACUUUACGAAGCGAAAUGAGCACAGGCGUUGGUGCGCCUAUAACCGGACCGGGUACGCCGGGCCCUUACACGAGGAUACCCGGAUUCCUUGCCUACAAUGAGAUUUGCGCCCAAACCGAAUCUACCUCGUGGGACGUGAAGUCCAAUGAAAAAGGUACGUAUGCUGUAAGCGGGUCGCGAUGGGUAUCAUAUUUGCGGCCGCGGGACGUGAUGGCGGCGACGACAGCGUUAAGGUUGGCGGGGUCGCGGGGCGCGGCGCUGUGGGCGCUGGACCUGGACGACUGGCGCGGCGCGUGCUCUUGUCCGCCGCGCGCCCUCCUCCUCGCACUAAGGCAGGGCUUACUCGAACCUCAGUCGCAGACACUUGUAUGUUAAAUUGCAGCACCUGGACACUUCGAUACGAACUCGCAACGUUAUAUACCUACAUCAUUUUAAGAUAACGACAAUCAAUGCAAAUAAUAAAUAAACAGCCAUAUUUAAAAAAAAGUACUAUUUUCAAGUCUCAAUCAAAAAAAAAUGUAGUGAAAAGGCGCAUUCAUAUGUGUUACAAAUUAUGUAAAUAAAAAAAUUAUGAGUAGGGACCGUAAUAUGAAUGUGAUAUCCUUCCUUCAAUUUAAAAAACAGCCGACAAAGCUAUUAUAAAAUAGUUACUGUAAUUGAAAGAAGCCAAAAUGGUCAACUUAAAAUUACAUUAUCAUAGAUUAAUAACAUCGGUGCUAAUCAAGAAGUAACUUUUACUAUAUACUACCUCGAGCGUUGCUCAUGUUAAAUAUGAAUAGAUAAGAAGGAAAAAGGAUUGUGACAAAGAUACUCAGUUUGAGGACCACUGACGAACUACCAUUUAUGAAUCGGAAAAAAAACAUCGUAAACUAUUGUUUUACUUGAAAGUGUAAGUCCUCAAAUAACUUCUCAUAGUAUUAAGAUUAUAAUUAUAAGUUGUAAAAACGUCGGACAUUAUCCAGUGUCCGUCACGAAUGUACUCUACACGUAUACGUAAGAAACAUAUGUGUAUGUUACUGUACUUAAAUCACCAAAAUAUUACAUUUAUACAAAAAAUACGAAUAAAUGA